GCAGUCUUACCUGUGAGGGGGCAGCUACAUUAUCAUGCUAAGAGAGAAGCAUAAAAUCUUAAUCUUAAAUGCUCAGUGUAAGAAAGUACAUGUGGAUAUGGCAACACACCAGCCCAUCUAAAUCCCCUUGACAGAAGUCAUCACACUCAACAAGUGCCUUGUGUCAGUUGUACAUGUUAUAUCUGAGGGUUUACAACUUUUACAUCAGUGCCCUCAUAGGCAGGGUAUUAAGAAAAGCAUGAUUUGACAAAACCGUGCUUUGGAGUAAGGCUACAACUAGCUUUACAUCGGUAACAAACACCCCUUUAGUUCUGGGAGGUGAUCUCAGACGAGCAUGGCAUCGAUCCCACCGGCACGUACCAGGGCGACUCUGACCUUCAGCUGGAGCGGAUAAACGUGUACUACAACGAGGCCACCGGUGGCAAAUACGUGCCCCGCGCCGUGCUGGUCGACUUGGAGCCCGGCACCAUGGACGCCGUCCGCUCCAGUGCCUUCGGGCAGAUUUUUCGGCCGGAUAACUUCGUCUUCGGCCAGAGUGGGGCUGGCAACAACUGGGCCAAGGGCCACUACACUGAGGGGGCCGAACUAGUGGACUCGGUGCUGGACGUGGUCCGGAAAGAGGCUGAAAGCUGUGAUUGUUUGCAGGGCUUCCAGCUCACUCAUUCCCUCGGCGGGGGCACCGGCUCAGGCAUGGGAACACUCCUCAUCAGCAAGAUCCGUGAAGAGUACCCCGACCGCAUGAUGUGCUCCUACAGUGUAGUACCGUCUCCAAAGGUAUCAGACACCGUGGUGGAGCCCUACAACGCCACUCUAUCUGUCCAUCAGCUCGUCGAGAACACGGACGAGACCUACUGCAUCGACAACGAAGCCCUGUACGACAUCUGCUUCCGCACCCUCAAGCUGACCACCCCAACCUACGGCGAUCUCAACCACCUGGUGUCCGCCACCAUGAGUGGCAUCACCACUUGUCUCCGUUUCCCCGGCCAGCUCAACGCUGAUCUCCGCAAGCUGGCCGUCAACAUGGUGCCUUUCCCCCGUCUCCACUUCUUCAUCCCCGGCUUCGCCCCGCUGACCAGCCGGGGUAGCCAGCAGUACCGCGCCCUCUCCGUGCCCGAGCUGACCCAGCAGAUGUUCGACGCCAAGAACAUGAUGGCCGCCUGCGACCCCCGUCACGGCCGCUACCUGACCGUGGCGGCCGUCUUCCGCGGCCGCAUGUCCAUGAAGGAGGUGGACGAGCAGAUGCUGAACGUGCAGAACAAGAACAGCAGCUACUUCGUGGAAUGGAUCCCCAACAAUGUCAAGACCGCCGUCUGCGACAUCCCGCCGCGUGGCCUGAAGAUGUCCGUCACCUUCAUCGGCAACAGCACCGCUAUCCAGGAGCUGUUCAAACGCAUCUCGGAGCAGUUCAGCGCCAUGUUCAGGCGCAAGGCUUUCCUGCAUUGGUACACCGGCGAGGGUAUGGAUGAGAUGGAGUUCACUGAGGCUGAGAGCAACAUGAACGACUUGGUGUCUGAGUACCAGCAGUACCAGGAUGCAACAGCUGAGGAGGAAGGCGAGUUUGAUGAGGAAGAAGAGGCCGACGAUGACAAUUAGUUUCCUCCGACACCAUCAAGGCACACAGAAAAUUUAAGUUUGCGGUACUGGAGGGUGUGGCAGUGCGAAUGAACUGUCCGCACAGUACUCAAUACACGAACUCUGAUUUACUCAAACUUACUUGACACUGUCUAAAACUCCUUUAAACCAAUUCAUUCUUGUCUUAACUCUAAAAAGGUCCACCAACCGCGUCUGUCUCUUGCAGUGAGUUAUUCUGGUCGUGUUAUUACAAUUACAAUUUGACGUUUUAUUAAGAUUUUUAUAUUGCAUAGCAUUUCAAUUAUUAUUGCUUCGUUUUAACCCCAAACCUUUGUGGCAAACUUGCUAGUCACAAAAGGGUUUUGUCUUGCCAAUAAAAAUUCCGCAAUGAAAUAACAUCUGAGGCGGCUGAACAAAGUG